AUGGAAACCAUCCAUUUGGUACAAAUACUAUUGGAGCAUUAUCGGGAAAAGAAGCAGGAUUUACAUGUGGUGUUCACUAACAUUGAGAAGGCCUACGACAAAGUUCCAAGAGAAGUUCUUUGGAGUUUCCUAGAGGCUAGAGGUGUACCAAUGACUUACAUUAGGGCGAUAAAGGACAUAUGCGGGACGUCCAAGAUAAAGUGUCUUGGUGUGUUGUUUGCAGAUGACAUAGUAUUGAUUAAUGAGACGCGUAGUAGUGUGAAUGGUAGGUUGGAGGUUUGGAGACAAACUUUGGAAGCUAAAGGGUUUAAGUUGAGCAGAAUCAAAACAGAGUAUUUGGAGUGUAAAUUCAGUGAGGGGUUGCAUAAGGAAGAUGUGGAAGUGCAUCUGGACACACAAACUCUCCCAAGAGUGAUCGUUUCAAAUAUCUUGGCUCUAUUAUCCAGGGUAGUGGGUCAUAGAUGGUGA